CAUACAAUGCUACUGUAAAGGAUUACGUCUUGUGCCAUUUAUUUCAACAGAAGCUUGCUUUUGACUCCACAGCGGGGAUGUGUAACAUCAGAUGUUAGAAAUCGGGUGUUUUGGAAUGGUCAACAAACUAUUGCUUCACUCCUGGCAGAGUUUAUAUCAACAAAUGAUGCUUUCAAUAAAGUCUGAGAGGACUGAUACUAUCACGCGUCCCAAAGCCUGUAUUAGUUUUAUGAACGUCAGAUAAGGGGCUUUGCAUCGCCUUGUUUCUCCUUGUUAACACAGUAAUGGCAGAGGGCAUGUCUGUUAAACAUUUACUUAACUUUUCUCCUGGAACUUGGGGUCGGGUGGCCAUGGACCCCUUCAGCCAGCUGAUCCUGCUCAUCUCGGUGGUGAGUUUUUGCACUUUCCAGUGGCUCUUUCACAGCGUGAGCCCCUGGGCAUCGUCCAGAAUCAGCCCUGGCUUCCUCAAACUCACCCACAAACAGAAGAUCGAGUGGAACUCAAGGACCGUGUCCACGCUCCAUGCCCUGUUGGUUGGCCUCUUCUGCCUCUACAUCCUGUUCUUCGAUGAGGCCGUCAAUCAGGACCCCGUAUGGGGAGAUCCUACUCUGGUGAAGAUAAACGUGAGCAUUACUACAGGCUACCUCAUAUCUGAUCUGCUGCUUAUAUUUUACUAUUGGAGAGCAAUAGGAGACAAGUUUUUUGUAAUCCACCACCUGGCAGCAUUGUAUGCUUACUACUAUGUACUGGGUCAAGGAAUGUUGCCUUAUUUUGCUAACUUCCGUCUGCUUGCAGAGUUUUCCACACCGUGUGUAAACCAACGCUGGUUCUUUGAAGUAUUAGGUUACCCCAAAGCCUCCAAGCCCAACAUGGCUAACGGGGUACUGAUGGCGGUGGUGUUUUUCCUGGUGCGGAUCGCUGUCAUGCCGGUGUACUACAGCCGAAUGUGCUCGGUGUACGGCACGGAGGCCUUCUACAAAGUCUCCUUCGGCGGCCGAAGCGCUUGGAUCUUCUCCAGCAUCUGUCUGGACAUCAUGAACGUCAUGUGGAUGCAUAAAAUCGCCCGCGGUUGCUACAAAGUCCUGCGUUCCAGCCGGAAAUCGAAACCCGAGAGCCAGGAGAACGGAAAAACCGAUUGAGCGAAAAAAAGAAAGGGCGUUCGAAUUUUACACCACUUGCUCACAGACAGGGUCGUUGUCUUAUUGACGGUCUUCACGGGAUACUAUGGUGUGAUGGCGACCGGUAAAAGACUUCGAAAACCACCCCAGAGCAAUACUUCAGAGUUAAGACCCCGAAACUCUGGCAAAAUCGAGAUCCAGUACACCAGAAAAGACUGGCCGCCCGCUUUUAUUUUGCGUUCGUUUUGAAACCGUAGACCAAACGUGCAAACGGUGCACUGUUCGGGAACACCGGCUGAACUGUAUUUUAACCGUGUUUGGUUUUAAUUCUAAACCGUGGGCAGGUAAACCACAUUAUUUAUUCUUCAAAGUUGGGUCCCGUCGCUCUCAAUCGCUGUACUGUGCAAAGGGGCCAAGCGGUCAGUCACCUGAUGUUCACGUUUACUUCAAAGCCGCGUAUAUUGACUGUGAAAGAUUCAUCCACGCAACUGCACUGCACUAAACGAGGGAAGUCAGCAAUCUGGAUCGGUGUACUAAAGAAGAAUUAAUGUCACAUAGAUAUUUUGUCGAAUGCACCUGAUGAGAUCCAACUGUUGGUUAAAUUGGUGA